AUGAUGUCAGAGCAGCAAUCGAGCCAGCAGCCAUCGAGCCAGCAGCCAUCAAGCCAGCAGGCUUUUCAAACCGAUCCAGAGAAAAGCGAGCUAUCUUCACACGGAAAUAAACACCCCUCUCAUCCUCUCCUUUAUGAUGCAACCCCCGCGACCGUGCUGGUCGAAUUUGCGGGUAAAGAUGAUCCGUACCAUCCCAUGAACUGGUCAUUCAGAAAGAAAAUCCUCACGACCUUCAUGUAUGGUCUUACAUCUUGCUGGAUUACUUUUGCCUCUGCCGUAUUCUCAUCGGCGCUUCAAAAGGUCGCAAAGGAAUUCGAUGUCACUACGGAAACGACGGCUGCAGGCAUCAGUUUGGUCGUGUUUGGAUUUGGUCUGGGGUCCAUCAUAUGGGCACCUCUGGGCGAAGUCUAUGGCAGAAAAUGGGUUAUCGUCGUGCCGUAUUUUAUCGCCGCAGCCUUCUCGUUUGGUACCGCGACAGCCAAAGAUAUCCAAACUAUUCUGAUCACACGAUUUUUCACCGGCUUAUUCGGCAGCGCGCCGGUAACCAAUGUAGGGGGUGUUAUGGCAGACAUUUGGCCACCAGAGCAGCGCGGUAUUGCCGUCGUUGGGUAUGCAGUCACGCUAGUUGCUGGUCCAACACUCGGACCAAUAAUUGGGAGCGCAUUGACACAUAGCUAUCUCGGGUGGAGAUGGACGGAGUACCUGACGGCUAUUAUCAUGAUGGUUCAGGUCUUUCUAAAUGCCCUCAUAUUGGAUGAAACCUACGCACCGGUCCUUCUGUCCUACAAGGCCCGCCGAUUGCGGCUCGAAGGCAAGAACUGGGCACUGCAUUCCAAACAAGAGGAAUGGGACAUUUCCCUGAAAGAGUUGAUGCAAAAAUACCUAGUCCGUCCCCUUCAAAUGCUCGGAUCGCCUAUAUGUCUGUUGAUGAGCGCCUACGCCGCGUUUGUCUAUGGUAUUCUCUAUGCAUACCUUGAAAGUGUUGUAAUCGAGUACCAAGAGAUCCGCGGCUGGACCCCGGUGGUUGCAAGCCUUCCAUUCCUCGCGCUUCUAACUGGAAUUUUCUUUGCCGCAGCAAUCAACAUCUACAACAACAAGUAUUACUUCAAAAAAUUUCAAGCCAACAAUUACCGACCCGUUCCCGAAGCUCGUCUACCUCCGAUGAUGGUUGGUGGCAUCGUUUUCACAGCAGGGCUUUUUAUAUUCGCUUGGACAUCUUCGCCACACAUUAACUAUUGGCCUUCUAUCAUAGGUGUCGGAUUGAUCGGACUCGGGUUCACAACCAUCUUCCAAUCGGCUCUGAAUUACUUGGUUGACACAUUUACCCGCUACAGUGCCAGUGCCAUUGCUGCCAAUACUUUCUUGCGAUCGAUGAUGGCGGGCGCAUUUCCAUUGUUUGUUAUUCCCAUGUAUAACAAUAUUGGAGUCGACUGGGGGACUACUAUAUUUGCCUGCGUUGCGGCUAUCUUGAUCCCUGUUCCCUUCUUUUUCUUCUUUUGGGGAAAGAAUAUUCGUGCGCGGGGAGAGUGGAGCAAGCAUUCGGUAUAG